CCCGCGUUCCGCUGGCGGCGAUAACGGCCGAGUCAGUUCAAACGGGAAGCAUUCUGAGCGUUGGGGCUUGCUCACCUGGGGCACCGGCCACCGCCCCUGCGUAAUCUACAUUCCUCGCUCGACGUCGCACUCUGCACAGCGAAGCCCGCGCGUGUGCGUUAAGUGGUGGUGCGAAAUUUGCGCGAUCUGUGCCUCGCAAAAUCGAAGAACGCCAUGGAUGAAGGAGUAGCCUGCGUUAAGUACAUUCUCAUCACCUGCAAUCUGCUCGUCUGGAUCCUGGGCCUCGGGGUUCUCUCUGUCGGCAUCUGGAUUCGUUCCGACCCGGACUUUUGGGUGUACCAGGACAACCUGCCACUGUCCAACUACUACAAUGCCUGCUACGUGGUCAUGGCCGUGGGCCUCCUGCUGCUUGUGCUGGGCUUCAUGGGUUGCUGCGCCGCUGCCAUCGACAGCCCCUGCAUGCUGCUCACGUACUUCAUCGCCAUGUUCGUGCUGCUCAUCAUGGAAUGCGCCGUUGCCGGCUUGGUGUGGAAGGUAGCCGAUGGAGACCAGCUUCAGCAUCACCUGGCUGUAAGCAUAGAACAAAAACUGGACACAGUCAUCGAUGAUCCCAAGGCCAGACGAUUCAUGGACCUCAUGCAAGUUCACCUUGAAUGCUGCGGUGCCAUCUCCAAGCAUGACUACGAAGUCCGAGACAUGACUAUACCACAGUCGUGCAGCAGUUCCCGGACCAACAAUAUCUUUAUAUACGGUUGCAGUGAAAACUUACGUGUCCUCCUUGAGAGAACAGGAGCCGUCGUGGGUGGCUUGGGUCUCGCGCUCGGGUUUGUGCAGAUCAUCGUCAUGAUCAUCUCUCUCUGCCUCUUUUGCACGAUUCGGCAAGAUUCGAAGUAAUGAGCUACUGUGAUACGUGUGGUGUUCUCUUGUUUGCUUCUAUGAUAUUUUUUUCAAAUGUAAGUAACACCUCAAUUAAGCAAGCAGAAUAUCUUCAACUUAAAAAUAAAAUACGAGCCCUCCAUUAUUGGUGCUUUACAGUGACACGCAAACUCUAGUUUGAAUAUUAUAUUUUAAAGCUGCUUUAAUGCAGCGUAGAAAAGCAUGGGUAUCAUGACGAGCAGCGAUUAAAAGUGGUUUUCAUGAAUGCGUACGGAGACUUCAACGCAGUCAUUACUUCAAUAAGGCGGCUGCUCUUCAGUAGACGACAUACAUUUGAACACUUUCAUGAAGUAGUCUACACAUUACACAUGAUUCUCGUCUUCUUACUCGGAGGCUACACUUCGUAGCCCACCAUGUCGCCCUCGCGAUUUCAUUUGUAGAGUUUGGAAUUUCACAGACUAUGUUCGUUAUUCGAUUAUAUUUUAUUUCAUUCAGACAUUCAUAAAGGAAACCUGUCAUAUGUGUAUAUUCAAUAAAGUCGUAUUUUUACAUAG